AUGGACCAUCAUCCGGAGGAUCGCGACAAAUACCCCUCCAUCAGCGAUGACACCAGCGACGAAUAUGAAGACUCCGACGAGACCGCCGACCACCUCGACUCGCUCGAGCUGAACCGCAUCAACACCUACCGACUGCAGCAGAAGACGACCGUCGGGUCGACGCGAGGCCCCCUCCCCCGAGACGAAUGGCUGCCCAUGGGAGCGGGCAAGGACUAUCCGCCUCUCCUUCCGGACCCGGAGACCUACGUGGUGGAAUUCGACGGCGCCGAUGACCCCCUACACCCGUACAACUGGUCGAUGCUACGGCGGAUCGCGCUGGUGUGCAUCCUAGUCUACGGCACCUUCGCAGGAUCCUUCACCAGUGCCGUCUUCUCCGCGGCCAUCUCCUCCGUCAGUGAGGAAUUCCACAUCAGCCAGGAGGUAGGCUCCCUAGGUGUGACAUUAUACGUCCUCGGGUUCGCCGCCGGCCCAACCAUCUGGGCCCCGGCAUCCGAACUCAUCGGCCGGCGCUGGCCACUGUGCAUCGGCCUCUUCGGCUGCGGCGUCUUCACGAUCGCCUGCGCAACAGCAAAGGACGUGCAGACGAUCAUGCUAACCCGCUUCUUCGCGGGGCUGUUCGCCGCCAGCCCCAUCUCCAUCGUGCCCGCCGUGUUUGCGGAUCUAUUCAACAACACACAGCGGGGCAUCGUCAUGUCGAUCUUCUGCAUGGCGGUGUUUAUCGGGCCGUUCGCGGCGCCCUUUGUAGGCGGCUUCAUCGCCAUCAGCUCGCUCGGCUGGCGCUGGAUCAUGUACAUAUCGACCAUCAUGGUGUUCCUCGGGUUCCUCCUGGUUCUAUUCUUCCUGGACGAGACGUAUGCGCCCGUCAUUCUUGUCCGCAAGGCGGCUACCCUGCGCCGCCAGACACGUAACUGGGGCAUCCAUGCCAAGCAGGACGAGGUCGAAGUCGAGCUGAAGGAGCUACUGCGGAAUAACUUCGGGCGGCCGAUCAAGAUGCUCAUCACGGAGCCGAUCCUGCUGCUCGUCUCGCUGUAUAUCUCGUUUAUCUACGGGCUGAUCUAUGCGCUGCUGGGCGCGUACCCGGUUGUUUUCCAGGGCGUAUAUGGGAUGAACAUGGGCGUGGGCGGACUGGCCUUCGUCGGGCUGAUACUGGGCGAGCUGCUCGGGGGUGUUUUCAUCCUCAUGCUGCAGGGGUCGUAUGCGCGCAAGCUGGCCGCGAAUGGGGACAGACCCAUCCCCGAAUGGCGUCUUCCACCGGCCAUUGUGGGCGCUGUCGCCUUUACCGGGGGGAUGUUUUGGUAA